UCGAUAAGUAGAUGAACGGAACAAAGUUCAACAAGUGAUUUUUUUCGCAAAUUAUUGAAGAAUUGUUCCUUGACGAUGAUUGAUGUGACUGUGAAGAACGGAGUGAAGGUCAUUACGUUCAAUACUCCCCGGAAAAAGAAUGCAAUUAACAAAGACGACUACAUCAAAGUUGCUGAUGAACUAAACUCCGCCGCGAAAGACGAUUCGAUCAAAGUCGUCGUUUUAACAGGCGCUGGUGACAUUUACAGCUCCGGAAAUGACCUUUCCUCGUUGAUGCGAGACGCAAGUUCGACGGAAAAUGUCGAAGACCUCUUAAAAAACGCCAUUUACAAUUGCAUGGGCAACAUGACUCGCGCUUUUUAUACAUUCCCAAAAAUACUCAUUGCAGUCGUCAAUGGACCCGCAAUUGGCAUCACAGCAACGACACUUGCUCUUUGUGACGUAAUUUAUUGCUCAAAAACGGCUUAUUUUUACACGCCCUUCACGAAACUCGGACUUUGCAGCGAAGGAUGCUCUUCUUAUACAUUUCCACGCAUUUUGGGCACCAGCAAAGCCAGUGAAAUGCUCUUGAUGAACCAUAAAAUGAGUGCGGAAGAGGCUUUGAGGUUUAAUUUCGUGUCGGAAAUUUACGAUCCGAGGGAUUCGGCAAAAGUUUGGAAGAAAAUUGAAGAGUUGGCGGAGUUGCCGUUGCAGUCAAUUAAAACAACGAAAGCUUUGGUGAAGAAAUACGACUUGAAAGUGCUGGAAGAGGUCAAUAAUAUGGAAGCUAAGGAGCUGAUUGAGAGAUUUACGAGUGAAGAAGCUAUGGAAGCGAUUAUUAAUUUCAAUACGAAGAAACAUAAAUUGUGAUUGACUUGAAAAUUAUUGAAAUUUUGUUGAGCAAGAGAGGAAUUAAGUGCAUUAUUGAGAUUUUUUAAAGAAAUUUUACAUUUAACUUGAUGUUAAUGUGAAUUAAAUUCAAUUUU